AAGCAGCAGCAGAACCCAGUGCUGAGGCUCAGGAGGCGGCAGCAGCCUGCGGCAGCAGCCUCAGCAGCAGCCGUUGCUGCUGACUCCCCACUCACCACACAGACUGAGGAAGGAACCAGUGGGGCGGGGCGAGUGGUGGCAGUGAUUGGCGCCGUGGUGGACGUGGCCUUCCAGGGGGAGCUGCCGUCCAUCCUCAGUGCCCUGGAGGUGGAGCACAGGCAACCCAGACUGGUGCUGGAGGUGGCACAGCAUCUAGGUGGCAACACAGUGCGUACCAUCGCCAUGGACGGCACGGAGGGGCUGGUGAGAGGAAAUGUGGUGAAGGACACAGGCAGCCCUAUCUCCAUUCCAGUGGGCGCUGCCACUCUCGGGAGGAUCAUGAAUGUUAUUGGCGAACCAAUAGACGAGAGAGGUCCCAUAUCCUCCGCCAGCAAGUCUGCCAUCCACGCAGAGGCUCCCCCAUUUGUGGAGAUGAGUGUGGAGCAACAAAUCCUGGUGACUGGCAUUAAGGUUGUGGAUAUGCUGGCUCCAUACUCCAAGGGUGGCAAGAUUGGUCUGUUUGGCGGUGCUGGUGUGGGCAAAACAGUGCUUAUCAUGGAGCUGAUUAACAAUGUGGCGAAGGCUCAUGGUGGUUACUCAGUGUUUGCUGGCGUUGGAGAAAGAACAAGAGAAGGGAAUGACCUGUACCACGAGAUGAUUGAGUCUGGUGUCAUCUCCCUCAACGACGAUUCUUCCAAGGUAGCACUAGUGUACGGCCAAAUGAAUGAGCCUCCAGGUGCCAGGGCGCGUGUGGCACUGACGGGGCUGACAGUGGCAGAGUACUUCAGGGACCAAGAGGGCCAGGAUGUGUUGUUCUUUGUUGAUAACAUUUUCAGAUUCACCCAGGCAGGUUCAGAGGUGUCAGCCCUGCUUGGUCGCAUCCCCUCGGCUGUGGGAUACCAACCCACUCUGGCCACCGACAUGGGGAGUAUGCAAGAGAGAAUUACCACCACCACUAAAGGAUCCAUUACUUCUGUCCAGGCUAUCUAUGUGCCAGCUGAUGACCUCACAGAUCCCGCCCCUGCCACCACUUUUGCACAUCUCGACGCCACCACUGUGCUGUCCCGAGGCAUUGCUGAGUUAGGAAUAUACCCAGCAGUGGACCCCUUGGACUCCACCUCUCGCAUUCUGGACCCUAAUGUAAUUGGUCCGCGCCACUACUCCACAGCCAGAGGAGUCCAGAAGAUCCUGCAGGACUACAAAUCACUACAAGACAUCAUUGCUAUUCUGGGCAUGGAUGAGCUGUCAGAGGAGGACAAGUUAACAGUGUCCAGGGCAAGGAAGGUACAGAAAUUCAUGUCCCAGCCCUUCCAGGUGGCAGAAGUCUUCACCGGCUACCAGGGAAAGUUUGUCUCGCUGCAGGACACUAUCAGGAGCUUUGAGGAGAUCUUGGAGGGGAAGCACGACAACCUUCCUGAGGCAGCCUUCUACAUGGUGGGCGGCAUUGAGGAGGUCGUGGCCAAGGCAGAGCAGCUGGCGCAGUGAGGGUAGAGAGAGAAGAGAGGGAGAGGGGGAGUGUGUGUAGGUGCUGUUUUAGUAUUGUAAGAGUUUAAAGGAAUUUGUAGAGAGAGAGAGAGAGAGAGAGAGAGGAGUCUUUAGUGUUUUCAGGUGUUGUAUAGCAUAAUAUAAGGGAAUUUUGAAAGAGAGAGAGAGAGAGAGAGAGAGAGAGAAUGUUACACCCCAGCUAUUACAAGAAACCCAAGAAGGAGAAAGGAACUGAAGAAAGAAGAAAAGAAUGAAGGAUAGAAGGAAAGUCAGAAUGGAAGAGUAAAUGUAAGGAAGAAGAGAAAUGGAAGAAAACAAGAAUAGGAAUGAAGAAAAAGAUGAGAGUGAAUCACUGAAACUUUGUAAUGAAACUUCGAAUCAAGUGGUCCAAAACAACUACUGAAGCAAGUGAAGCAGAAAGGUGUGUGUGUGUGUAAAGACUCAUAAUGUAGAAAAGGGGUUGUGUUUUUGUUAAGUAUUUGUUGUGUGUGUGUGUGUGUGUGUGUGUUAGUAGUAGUAGUAGUAGUAGUAGUAAUAGAAGAAGAAGAAGUAGUAGUAGUAGUAGUAGUAGAAGAAGAAGUAGUAGUAGUAGUAGUAGUAGUCCAAUCACACACAGAUAAGUAUAAGACGAUAUCUGUGUGUGUGUGUGUGUGUGUGUGUGUGUGUGUGUGUAUGUGUGUCCUAUUGUCACGUUACUAAUAAGAAUAAAUAAAAAUAAUCAAUCAUU